AUGGUGGAGUCGAAUUUGAGGAUAAAAAAAUAAUUGGAACUGAAGAUAAAAAAAUGUUUCAAUAUUUCAACAUUACUAUUAAACUCUGGGUAAAUGUCAAACUUAGUUCUAAAAAUAAUGCCAGUUCAACUUUAAAAUUUGAGAUCGACUUAAAUAAUUGCUCAGUGACAGAUUUACUCAGCAAACAAUGUCAGUCUCUAAAUAAAUUUAUUUGUUACUAUAUCGACUCAUUAGAAAUCUGUGCCUCUCCGAUUCCGCCAAAGUCCGAUAAAACAUGUAUAAUUAUUCAAAAGAAAAAACAUAGCCCACAUAAAGCUAAUAAUGAUAUAACAUCUACAAAAGUUCAUGAAAACGACUAUCGUUUUCAAAUGGCUGUAGGUGCACCGCAAAGUACCAAAGCAACACUUGCCAUUGGCAAAAAGAAAGGUCGAAAUUCAUCGGCUACAACAAAAGAAUGGGCCAUGAGGGAUACAUUUAGCGGAAUUAUUGGCGACAAAUGGUCAUAUAAAUAUACUAAUAGCGAUAUAGGUGAUAACUUGGACUAUAGAGUUUGCAUUGAUACAAAUGUGCAUAAGGGUCAUUGGGGAUAUCGAGAAUAA